AUGUCCCCGCGCUCAGCCUGGGCAGCAGCCGCGCGGGCCGGCGGGAGCCCUGUGCUGCCCCGCGGAGCGGGGACCAGGCCGGCUGCCCGAGGCAGGCAGGGAGGGAGGGAGGGGACGCCCGAGGCAGGGAGGAAAGGGACACCCGGGAAGCCGCGAUCACUCACUCACAGCCACGGGCGGGCAGCCUCCCCGCCCCCCCACCCCCCCGCCACUUCGCGCCGCGAGGAGCCACCGGCGCUGAGCGCGACACCGCCCGCCGGGCCACCGGGACAAGGGGGUGACCCCCGGGGCCCCGCGCACACCAGCCAAGGUCACCCCAUCGCCCGGGGUGCCGGGCGGGAAGGGGGUGAAAAUUUAGUAUUUGACGGCAGCCACGGAAAAGGGGGGAGGGGAGCAGCCCCGCGGAGGGGCGAGGGGGAUGGGAAGGGGGAGCUCCACCACGGGCCAAGGGGAGCUCUGCACUCCCGCUCCCCCUCCACUCCCCGUCCUCCUCCAGAGCUGGCCGCGGAGCUCGGUCCGGGCGGGCGCCCCCCACGCCCCCGGGAAGAGAAAAUGGAGCGGGGACAGGGUGGGGGUAUCCGCGGCCGAGGUGCCGCGCUCCUUACCCCGCCGCAGCCGCCUCGCCUCGCUGGUCGCAGGCGGGUCCGCUCCGCGCUGCCGCCGCUCCGGGCUCGGAGAGGCGCUGCCGCCGCCGCCGCCGCAGCCAAUCGCCGCCAGCCCCCUCCCCUUCCGCAGCUCGCCCCGGUCCCCCUGCCGGCUUCAAAAUGGCGCCAACUCGUCUCCGGCUGCUCCAAUCGAACCGCCGAGGGGAGCGAGCGCGGCCAGCGCGGGGCAGCAGCGCCCCCUGCCGGCCCUCGCGGGCAGCACCCACAGCCCGCGGCCCGGCCCGAGAGGGGCUGA